AUGGUGGAGCGUCGACACACCAGAAGACCUGGAUUCUUUGAGAAACAAUAUAUAUGUCGUAACAUCGGAGGUUUCUAUAGUAACUUCAAUGUUACCGGGAAGUUCGGUGGAUCAGUCCGUAUAACUCCGGGGAACUUGAGUCAUAGUCUUCGAGCAUGGCUUGAACAUAUGGACUUCUGGUUAGUGUAUAACUUUUACCGUGUUGACGAUAGCAUCGAAGACGAAGAAGCUGAUGGAUCCAAUUUUGAAGUUAGACCCGUGACUAAGCUUUCAUUCGACUCUGUUGUCGAAUUCCAGACCAUUGAGUCGUUUGACUCGGGAACCUUAGAAUGGUUAAAUGAUCUUCGACCCCCCAUGAACACGGAAAAUGGUGCCUUAUGGAAAGUCUAUGUGUUUGAUAGUCAGAAUGAUGGCAAACAAUAUAUGACAUUUGUAUGUGAUCAUGCCUUGCUUGAUGGUAUGUGUGGAGCCGAGUUCCACAAGACUAUGCCCAAGUAUUUGAAUCAGAAAUGGGAUGAGACUGAACCAUUGAUCAACAUAUUUGACUAUGAAUUAGACAAACAUCUCUUGGGAGAUACUAUCCUCGGUCCUAGGGAAUUGAUGUCUGAUUUAUUUCAAUUAAGUUACUGGCAAACAGCCACAUACUAUUUGACCAAAUGGGCUAAAAUUUACCUACCUCAAGUUGCUAGUGAGUAUUUAGGACUUCAGGAAACCAUUGAUCCACCGGUAUUCCUCGGUUCUACCAUUGAAAAAGACACUAGAUCCAAGUUUAAGAUGUUUAAUUUGACUCCGGAUCAAUUGAAGAUUCUUCGCGGUGUUUGUAAGAGAUACAACUUGACGUUAACUCCAGUAGUUCAUACCAUUGCACUUUAUACUCUUGAAAACACAUUAAUCAAGACAGUGUCAAAGACAGGAAACCAACCUUCAUCGUGUACUUGCAUUGCAGUUAACGGCAGGAAACAUAUUCCCCAAACAAAGACCCAGGGGUUCAUUUAUGGAUGUCUUGUUUCGGCAACAGUUCACAAUGAUCCACCAUUACCCUUGGCUUUAAGCACAGGAAAUAAGACUAAUAAUAUCAACGAUAUAAUGCCUUUACUCCUUCCUAGAAUGAACCAGUACCUGAACCAGAUUAUCGACAACCAAAAGUCUCUACUGUCCUUUAAACAAUAUGGAGGGUUUGGUGCUCUCACUAAUGCGUGGAAAGCUUAUAAAGCUAUUCCAGGAACCAAACAAAGAUACACACUUCUCAACUCAAACUUGGGGUUCAUUGAUCCUGGCACCAGACCGGAGUCGCAUUUCAUUCUUGAAGAUUCAUUCUUUGCAAGCUCAACGUGUCUCAAGUACCAUGUGAUCACCAAUUUCACUUCCACAGCCAUAGGAGGACUUUCGGUGGUUAUUGCCUACUUACCAGAAUACGAUCUGCUCAUCGAUGACUUUGUGUUUCAGUAUAAGGAAAGUCUACUUGCUCUUCGCUAG